AGCGCCUAACAAAGCCACCAAAAACUCAUUUUGAUUUUACAAUCGGAGAGCCGGAGCGCUAGAUGCUCACUGUGGCACAAGAGCGCCAGCGUUACUGCAAGUUGAAGUAAAGAGCAGCGAGAGAUAGGGAGAACGAUGAGUUCAAGAGAGAGUUGCAGAAGUGAGCUUCGAACUGCGAUUCGCCAACUCAACGAUCGUUGUCUUUACUCUGCCUCCAAAUGGGCAGCAGAGCAGCUGGUUGGAAUCGAGCAGGACCCUGCGAAGUUCACUCCUUCAAACACCAGAUUCCAGCGGGGAAGCUCAAGCAUUCGCAGAAGAUUCCACACCAAUGAUGUUACUUCUACACCACCAGCUGGCGUAUCAUAUGUUUCUACUCCGGUGAUGGAGGAAGAUGAGGUAGUGGAUGGUGACUUUUACCUUCUGGCAAAGUCAUACUUUGAUUGCCGAGAGUAUAGAAGGGCUGCACACGUGCUUCAAGAUCAAACUGGAAAGAAAGCCACGUUCCUGAGAUGUUAUGCUCUUUAUCUGGCUGGAGAAAAGCGGAAAGAAGAGGAGAUGAUAGAACUUGAGGGGCCCUUAGGUAAGAGUGACGCUGUGAACCGCGAGGUAGCAUCUCUGGAGAGAGAGUUAUCAAUACUCCGCAAGAAUGGCAUUAUUGAUCCCUUUGGCUUGUACUUGUAUGGUCUUGUUCUUAUAGAGAAAGGCAAUCAGAACCUUGCUCGUACAGUUCUUAUGGAAUCUGUGAAUAGCUAUCCAUGGAAUUGGAGUGCUUGGUCAGAGCUGCAGUCUCUGUGCACUACAAUUGAGAUAUUGAAUAGUCUAACCCUUAGUAACCAUUGGAUGAAGGAAUUCUUUCUUGCCAGUGCUUAUCAAGAACUACGGAUGCACAAUGAAUCCCUCACAAAAUAUGAACAUUUGCAAAACACUUUUAGUUUCAGUAAUUACAUACGGGCUCAAAUUGCAAAAGCCCAGUACUGUCUAAGGGAAUUUGAACAAGUUGAAGUAAUAUUUGAAGAACUUUUGAGGAAUGACCCCUAUCGGGUAGAAGAUGUGGAUAUGUAUUCCAAUGUGCUCUAUGCAAAGGAGUGUUUCUCGGCCCUCAGUUACCUUGCCCACAGGGUAUUUAUGACUGAUAAAUACAGACCUGAAUCCUGUUGCAUCAUUGGAAAUUAUUACAGUCUGAAGGGUCAGCAUGAGAAAUCUGUUCUGUACUUUAGGAGGGCACUCAAGUUGAAUAAAAAUUAUUUAUCUGCCUGGACUCUUAUGGGUCAUGAGUAUGUUGAGAUGAAAAACACUCCAGCUGCUAUUGAUGCCUAUCGACGGGCUGUGGAUAUCAAUCCUCGUGAUUAUCGAGCUUGGUAUGGGCUGGGACAAGCAUAUGAGAUGAUGGGCAUGCCCUUCUAUGCUCUUCACUAUUUUAAGAAGUCUGUUUUCUUGCAGUCAAAUGAUUCUCGGUUGUGGAUUGCCAUGGCUCAGUGUUAUGAAACUGAUCAGCUUCACAUGCUUGAGGAGGCAAUCAAGUGUUACAGAAGGGCUGCAAGUUGUAAUGACAGAGAGGCAAUUGCCUUGCACCAAUUAGCAAAGCUCCAUGCUGAGCUUGGACGUUCUGAAGAGGCAGCACUUUACUACAAGAAGGACUUGGAGAGGAUGGAAGCUGAAGAGAGAGAAGGACCAAAUAUGGUUGAAGCUCUGCUGUUUCUUGCCCAACACUGUAGAGAGCAGAAGAGAUUUGAAGAAGCAGAGGUGUAUUGUACCCGUCUUCUGGAUUACACUGGCCCGGAGAAGGAAACAGCAAAGAGUAUGCUUCGAGGAAUGAGAACAGCAGAAUCCAGUUUCCCUUUAAUGGAUAUUGAACAUUUUCAUCCCUGAAUUCAGAUCCUACAAAGCAUGUCUACCUUUUCUCAGUUUCAUGCUUAUCAAAAUCAACUACAAUGAAUUUCUGGGAAUUUGUCAAAUUGUGAUACCUAAAUAUCUCUCUGUAGUUAAAUGUUUUAGAGCUGUUGGCUUCUUUUGUUGUUACUCUCACCUUUUAAGAAAAAAGAAUGUUGUUAUCAAAGCAGAAAAAUUGUCUGAAUGUGGCGUGGUAAUUUCUAGAAUGCAUGGCUGUAAUGUGAUGUAUUAUCAUUCAUGACCCAAUGUCAAUGCUGUAUUCUAUCUAACCUUGCAAUUGACA